AUGCUGACAAUCCAGGCAAGUGGCUGGAACAAGCGAAAGGCAGAAAACCUUGACCGGACAUUGGCCAAAAGAUAUGUCAAGACUGUACAAAGGAUUGCAGAGGCAACAAAGGACCUAGAGAAACUCACAGCUGAGUUAUCUCUACAGCAAGACACAGUCCAGCAGUGGGUGUCUGAUGUUCAGGGGUGGACCUCAGAAGCAACAAUCCAAAAUGACCUGCAGAGGACCAUCGAGGGGCUAUAUUUGGGCAUCAAACAGCGAACAUUUCAGCUGUAUCGUCAGUCUGGUGGGAAUAAGCGAAGGCAUCAACUGAGAAAAAAGAUUGCUGUUGAGAAGAAAGCCUUGGAAGUUGCCAUCAAUGACCACAAUGCUACUGUGGGGGAAGCUGAAAAACUCCCUCCUCCCAAUGAACUCCUGGCUGUGGACAACUACUCCUGGCCAUGGGAAUGUCAUGGUGAUAUGGAGCGGAAAAAAAAUGUUUUUGACAAGGUAAUGCUGCUGGCUAGACUGAAAGAAGAAGUUAUUGUGCUUCGUGAAGUCAAGCAGCACAUGGAGUACAUGAGGAGUGUUGCUGGACUGAUUGUAGAGUUUACCUUUCAGCUCACUGAAGACACCAAUGGGAAAUGCAGUACAGAGGGCUUAAUGGAGAAAGGACUUGAGGGACUACUUUCUGUACUGAAGAAAAGAUUGUGUGAAGUUGAAGCACAACUGGAUACAGCACGCACAACAUACAAAAGUAUUCUUGGACCGCAAACAUUGUCCUUCGAUGACUUCUCUGAAGAGGAAGACUUAGAGGAUACUUCCUCAACUGAUGAGGAACUGGGAGAGUAGUUAUUAGGGAGAAAAUGUGUAUGACUCUAUGAAGAUGUCAAAGCACAAGAUGUCAAACAUGACAAAUUACCUUGUUUUUGUUUUUGUUUUUUGUUUUUUUUUAGCAUUACAUUGGUCGAAAUGUAUUGCGCAUGCAUACAUAGCUUAAUUGCAUUUGUAUAUAAUUUGUAUAUGUAAAGUAGUUAACUGUACAUAGCCUAUUGUAUUGUUACUGUCUCCAACAGUGUGUUAUGUUUCCAUAGAAUAUUCUCUCUCUCUCUCUCUCUCUCUCUCUCUCUCUCUCUCUCUCUCUCUCUC